AUGAAAGAAGAUCAUGAACGGAGGGAACGAAAGCCAGCAAACCCAUCUGCGUGUAGAUGUGAGCUGGGAAAGAACGCUGGUUGCAGCAUUGGUCCAAUCAUUGCCCUGGUCAGCGUCGUGCUGAGCGACCUCUUCGGAACGAAGGAUUUGGCCAUGUACCAUGGCUGCUCACGCACUGGUGUGGGACUCGGCAACCUGCUGGGCAUUCCACUUUUAAGUCUACUGGCCGAGAAGCAAGGCUUCACUGUUGCGCUCAUUUUGUCAGGCGCUUUGGUGAGCUUCAGCACUGUUUUCCUGAUAAUUCUCGAGUUCCUGCAUAGAAGAAAACAACGGGCUGAGGUUCAAGAAAGCAGAUGCUGA